AUGCGUAUUCUUCUGGCUAUAUCCUCCAUCCCCUCUAUAGCCAUUUCGGCAGCCGCCGUUGUAGCUUCAGGUCCGGCAGCACCUCACAAUGGCCAACUUGGCGACCUCAACCUGCGAGCUCUACCAGAUAGUCCAUCCGGUAACUACGCUCCCGAAGUAGUGGAUUGUCCUACCAACCGGCCUACAAUCCGAUCAGCCAACUCACUCUCGAAAUCCGAAACAGAAUGGCUCCCAAAACGCAGAGAGAAGACUAUAUCACACAUGAAAGACUUCCUCAAGAGAUCGAACAUUUCAGAUUUCGACGCAGUGGCGUAUAUUGAGACCAUUGGCAGGAACCUGACUGCUUUACCUAAUAUCGGGUUGGCCAUAUCCGGCGGCGGAUACCGAGCGUUUAUGAAUGGUGCCGGCUUCUUAGCUGCUGUCGACUCUAGAGUUGACGGCUCCACGAGUCCCGGGGGACUUGGCGGACUCCUCCAAUCGAGCACCUAUCUCUCUGGGCUGUCGGGCGGUAGCUGGCUCAUCGGUUCUCUGUAUGCCAACAACUUUUCAACUGUUACGAACCUCCGCGAUGGAAGUCCCAACUCAGCCAUCUGGGCUUUAGACCGAUCGAUCUUGGAAGGACCAAAGGAAAGCGGCAUCUCAAUUCUUAACACAGCCUCGUAUUGGUCCGAUGUGGCUGAGCAAGUCAGAAGAAAACGAGAGAAAGGCUUCAACACCUCGAUUACCGACUACUGGGGUCGAACUCUGUCUUACCAGCUCAUCAACGCAACAGACGGAGGCCCUGGUUACACCUUCUCCUCCAUUGCAGUUACUAAAGAGUUCACUGAUGCAGAGCAGCCGUUGCCUAUAAUUGUAGCGGAUGAGCGCUCGCCAGGCACGAAAGUUGUCUCGCUGAAUUCGACUGUGUUCGAAUUCAACCCGUGGGAGAUGGGCUCCUUCGAUCCAACUCUCUUCGGCUUCGCUCCCACACGGUACAUUGGGUCGAACUUCACAGGAGGUAUUAUCCCGAGUGACGAAACCUGCAUUCGAGGCUUUGAUCAGUUUGGUUAUAUAAUGGGAACCAGCAGCAGUCUUUUCAACCAAUUCAUGCUUCGGAACAUAUCUGACAAGGUACAUAUCCCAUCGUUCUUGAAAGAAGCCAUCACGGAUAUCAUGAAGGAACUGGGAGACAACAACGACGACAUAGCCCAGUACUCUCCGAAUCCGUUCUUAGGGUUCAACACUCUCGAUAACCGCAAUGCUGGUCAGAAGGAGCUUGGCUUGGUGGACGGCGGCGAGGACGGCCAAAACAUCCCUCUCCACCCACUUAUCCAACCGACUCGCGCUGUGGACGUUAUUUUCGCCGUGGACUCUUCAUCAAAUGGCAAGUAUACAUGGCCCAAUGGCACCUCGCUGCGCGCCACGUACAAACGCAGCCUCAGUGGUAUUGCCAAUGGCACUCGCUUCCCAGUGAUCCCUGACGCCGAGACCUUCAUUAAUCUGGGACUGAACCGGCGACCCACGGCCUUUGGCUGCGAUGUCAACAACCAAUCGGCCUUUUCCAACUCCACGUCUAAAUCAUCACCUGUGCCUCCACUCAUCGUCUACAUCCCCAACACUCCCUAUACUGCAUGGAGCAACGUGUCGACAUUCGAUAUGGAGUUCCCUCUCGGACAGCGCAACAACGUUAUACAGAAUGGCUUCAACGUUGCAACUAUGGGCAACGGUACGGUCGACGCCGGAUGGCGCACCUGCGUCGGGUGCUUCGUCUUGCAGCGUAGCUUUGCCAAGACUGGCACUACUGUGCCCGCAGCCUGCCAACGUUGUUUUAAUCAGUUCUGUUGGAACGGCACUGUCGACAGCCGCCCGGUGUCCGCCGACGAACCCUCGCCAUUACUGCAGCUCGCCAGCACCACAAGUGUCGCAGCCAGGUCUUCCACUGCUUUUGGCAGCUGGCAAUCUGUACUAGCUAUUGCAUCAGUCACUGUUAUUACAUUGCUAUUCCCCUUCGGAAAUGUUUGA